GCACCGCCGCUCUCCCCCCUCCUCCUCUUCCAAAACGCCCCGGAUGAGACCAGCGGCAGCAGGCGACAUUCAGAGCUCCAUGGUCGUGUGAUCCGGUCAGACAUAGAGCGCAACAAUCAUCGGAUCGGACUGCAGCAAAGGGACCGUCAGCCACUGCUGGAAUCCUGACAUUUUCCACGCAGACGCGGUUCUGAGAAAAUCCGCGCAGAAGACGAACAGGCGAGGAGGAGAGUGAGGCGAAGUGGCACAUUUCUCCGCUUGCGGUGUCCGAUUUCCUCGGUGAAAGAGCAAGCAGACAGGCUGCCUCACUCUAAGCUAUGGAAUGCUUCCUGCUCCCAGCAUCUCUAGUCUCCAAUCUUUGGACUGAGCUUCUUACACUUAGUUAGCAGCUGUGCUUCUCCCCUCGAACUCUUUCUAAACCAGGGGACAAAAAGAAGAAGCAGGCUUACCAAGUCUUCCACGGAAGACGCCGAGCACCUUUUUCUUUUUUUAAGAAUAAUUAAAGAUUAGUUUACUUUUUCUCCAGCUUGGAUUUGUGCUCUGAUAACAUCCUAUCAAGAUGGAUCUGGAACCGUAUCUGUGGAUGGUGAUUAUUGGCUUCAUCAUCGCCUUCAUUCUGGCUUUCUCCGUGGGGGCCAACGAUGUGGCCAACUCCUUCGGAACAGCGGUGGGAUCUGGUGUGGUCACUCUGAAGCAGGCCUGCAUCCUGGCAUCCAUCUUUGAGACGUUGGGCUCGAUGCUGCUCGGCGCCAAAGUGGGUGAGACCAUUCGGAAGGGCAUCAUAGAUGUCAACCUCUACAACGAAACGGUGCCCGUCCUCAUGGCAGGGGAGGUCAGCGCUAUGGUCGGAUCCGCUGUCUGGCAGCUCAUUGCCUCCUUCCUCAAACUGCCCAUCUCUGGGACUCACUGCAUCGUUGGAGCCACCAUUGGCUUCUCCAUGGUGGCCAUCGGCACAAAGGGUGUUCAGUGGAUGCAGCUUGUCAAAAUUGUGGCUUCUUGGUUCAUCUCACCCUUGCUCUCUGGACUCAUGUCUGGACUCCUCUUCUUGCUCAUCAGGUACUUCAUCCUCAACAAGGAGGAUUCAGUCCCAAAUGGUCUGCGGGCGCUGCCUCUCUUCUAUGCCACCACCAUUGGGAUUAACACUUUCUCUAUCAUGUACACUGGAGCCCCAUUGCUCGGAUUGGAAAUGCUGCCGGUUUGGGCCAUCUUCCUCAUCACGUUAGCCGGCUCGCUGGUCUGUGCCGCACUGGUCUGGAUAUUUGUCUGUCCUUGGCUAAAAAGAAAGAUAGCAAGUCGCUUAAAGAAGGAGCAAGCUCUGUCCAGGAUAUCCGAUGAAAGCCUUGAUAAGAUUCCCGAGGAGGAAGAAGAAAGCCCUGUCUUCAAAGAGCUGCCCGGAGCAAAAGGCACAGACGAGGCCGUGGUGCCUCUCACUGGAGGCAGCAGUGACAGGAGCACCAGAGACUCCAGUGGAGAGCUCGCCAACUCUGCAAAUGGAGGCAGUAUCCUGCCAAACGGCAGGGUGUACGGUCGAACUCACUCCAUGACCAACGGCUGCCUCAAAUCACCUGUCGCUAACGGCAGCUUCACCUUCGAUGGCCACAUGCGCAGCGAUGGCCAAGUGUACCACACGGUCCACAAAGACUCCGGCCUCUACAAAGACCUGCUUCACAAGAUCCACCUGGGCCGCAUGGAUGACAGCGAACGCUCGGGUGCUCAACAAGCUGACAACAAUUACCGUCUGCUGCGCCGCAACAACAGCUACACCUGCUACACAGCAGCGAUAUGCGGCAUGCCCGUCCAGCCGGUCAGGCGCUCCGAGUCCCGUGACGAUAGCGAGAAGCUUGUGGGUGAGGCUGGCGGCAGGAGCAACAGCGUAUCCUACUCAAAGAAGCGGAUACGCUAUGACAGCUACUCGUCGUACUGCAACGCCGUGGCCGAGGCGGAGAUCGAAGCAGAGGAGGGAGGGGUGGAGCUAAAGCUGGGCGCAGAGCUGGAGGGGGUGGAGGAAGAAGGUCAGGCCCCGGUGCCGAUCGAUGACUUGGCAGAAGAAGAGAAUGAGGAGAAAGACAAGUCGGAGGUGUUUCUGCUUUUCCACUUCCUGCAGAUCCUUACCGCCUGCUUCGGGUCUUUCGCCCAUGGAGGCAACGAUGUCAGUAAUGCCAUUGGGCCCCUGGUGGCACUGUGGAUGAUUUAUGACCAGGGAGGCGUCAUGCAGGAUGCUGCCACUCCAAUCUGGCUGCUCUUUUAUGGCGGUGUGGGCAUCUGCGCCGGCCUGUGGGUGUGGGGACGGCGUGUCAUCCAGACCAUGGGGAAGGACCUGACUCCCAUCACCCCGUCAAGUGGGUUCACUAUUGAACUGGCCUCUGCACUCACAGUCGUGUUGGCUUCAAAUAUCGGAAUCCCUGUCAGUACCACACACUGCAAGGUGGGCUCAGUCGUAGCCGUGGGCUGGAUCCGCUCCCAGAAAGCUGUGGACUGGCACCUCUUCAGGAACAUCUUCCUAGCCUGGUUCGUCACGGUGCCAGUGGCCGGCCUGUUCAGUGCCGCCGUCAUGGCCCUGUUCGUCUACGGCAUCCUGCCCUACGUCUGAGGGGGGCGUGGCUGGGAGGGCGAGCGGUGGAGAAGGGGAGUCAGAGAGGGGGAAACUUGGAAAGAAAUCGUAGCGUGGGUAAUGAUGAUGGAAGGCUAGCAGAACCGAGGGCGAGGAAGGAAAAGUAGGAAGAAUCUGCAGAGGUUUACAAAUGGACUUUGGUUGUACUAUGGAGGAUGUGAGGAGGGUUGGUUCCCACGCUGCCUGACUCUGAUGUCCAGAUAUCCUCUUAACUCAUCUGAGUUUCAAUCAGUUCAUAUUUAUUCUCUUUUCGGGGAGAAAAUGCACCAUUCAAUCUGCUGUACAUACAAUAAUAGGAAACUUUCCUUUUAAUUAAAAAAGAAAUCAACAGGUAAAAUAGAUAACCAUACCAGUGAGCACAUAUCUAGUAUCUGACAUGAAAAAAAUAAUAAUUGUAAAUACUGUUGUUCUGAUCCAGUGGGAUCUGUUGUAUUACGGUUUGCUUUGGCACAAAAAGUAACAAGAAAAGACAUGCGUGCGUUUAACCAACCCAUCCAUCAUGUCCGUUUUUAUCAUGCCAGCCAGGUACAACCGGGGCCAAAAGAAAAAGACCCCUCAGAAAAAGAGGGCCGUGUAACUUUUCUUUAUUUUUUGUUUUUGUUUUUCCCCAACAAUACCAUAGAAACCUAAUUUACUAAAGAAUUUGAUUUUUAUUUUCUUGUGGAAAGCUUCUGUAUGUUUUUAGAGAUGAAUCUCAUAUUUUUUAAUGAUGUAUUAUAAUGUAAUUUGUACUGUAAAUACUGUCCUUUACGGAGGUUGGCAGUGGGAUCCUGUUUUGUUUUUAAUGUUGUAGAGAGAAGGGGGGUGGGCGGGGGGAGGCUCUUCAUCUCAUUAUCAUACACAGUAUGCUUCAUGCUCGUGGUUCAAAGAGGAAAAAAAUAAUAAUUCUGCGGCUUAAUAGGAAGCGGCUCAGUUUAAGGAAAUGAACCAGAAACGUUGAGACAGAGAGGUCGCUCUCCUCAGAGCUGAUUUAUGCCAAAGUCAACAUUUCAGCAUGUCAAUUUAGAGCCAAUAUGCCAAAACACUAAAAACUGAGCUGAAGCGUACGAGCACACACUGACGAGGUCCUACAACAUAUCUUUAUCCUUAUGCCUUUAUUUUCAUUCAUACAGAUGAGUCUGUGUCAUAGCGAACCCUACUUUCACAAGAGAGAUGGUGUCAUAUCACUAAAACAUCAAAAAACAAGUCAGGAGGAGGACUCUGCUUCAAACUGUAGCUCCUCAAGCGUGUUUGAAUGCAGAAGGACCUUCUGCCAGGUGCUAAAGGUUCUGUUUGAUUUCAAGCAUUCGGUGAGAGCUCAUCUGAAGCCUGAUGCUGGUUUUUGGGCUGCUCAUAUAACACUAAAUAUCACCAGACAUCUGUCUGAAAGAGAUGGUCCAGGGUUUCUGAAGGUGAGGCCAUGUGAGAAGUCUGUUAGUAGUCGAUUUCUUGGCUGCAAAAGGUGUCCUUCUAAAUCUUCAUUUAUUGUAACGCUGCAAAGGUACAUUAUAAUAAAAGCAACACCGGUUUACAAGAGAUGAAUUUUCAAACGUGCAAGACAACCUGUUUACACUUUUCUUAGGACUAUCGUAUUUUGUGCAGCUGGGAGCCACAUUGGAUGUGGAAAUUUGGGUUGUUUCUUCACCAUAAAUGUUUUAAAGUUUAGAUUCCAAGCAGCAUUCUUGUUGCAUUUAUAACACAUAUAUUGGAAAACUUGCUUGCAUCUAUAAUUCUGAGCUAAACUGUAUAUAUAUUGAUAUUAACUGGUACUGGACACUAAUGCUAAAGGCUAACCUGAGCAGACAGAGUUCUGAAACAGAAUUGUAAAGUCUAAAAAUUAUCAACAGUUUAUGUGAAUUCUUUUUUUAUGAUGAUAGAAGGUCCCCACAGAAGUUUGUAGCAUUAUUUCAAGCUUUUUUGGAUUUGGAACACAUCUACAAAAUUAAUAGAUAAAUGUUUAGUUUUUAGGGGGAAUAUGCUGCUGAAGAUUCUCAGUCAUCCAGGUCAUAGUUCUUCCAAAAAAAGU